CAAGGUGGAAUUUGUUUUUUUUUUUCUUCUUGUUUCCCUUUUUCCCCUCCUCCCCUCUCUUCAUAUAACCCUUCUUUCGACAUGUACAUUUCUCGUGCACUUGGUCGUGUGGCUACGAGCGCUUUCCGUGCUCAAGCUACCAACAUGGCCGCUAGACCUCUUGGUGUCCAAGCCUCCACUAAAGUUCGCAACUACGCUACUGAAGCCACUCCUGCUGGUCAAAUUCGUUCCGUCAUUGGUGCCGUUGUGGAUGUCCAAUUCGAACAAGAAAACCUUCCUGCUAUUUUGAACGCUCUUGAAGUCAAGGACCAUGCUGGUGGUCGUCUCGUCCUCGAAGUUGCUCAACACUUGGGUGAAAACACCGUUCGUACUAUUGCUAUGGAUGGUACUGAAGGUCUCGUCCGUGGUCAAAAGGUGGUUGAUACUGGUGCUCCUAUUACUAUUCCUGUUGGUAAGGAAGUACUUGGUCGUAUCAUCAACGUUAUUGGUGAACCCAUUGAUGAACGUGGUCCUAUUAACGCUAAGACCCACCGUGGUAUCCAUGCUGAAGCUCCUGAAUUCGUUGAUCAAUCCCCUACUCCCGAAAUUUUGGAAACUGGUAUCAAGGUUGUCGAUUUGUUGGCUCCUUAUGCUCGUGGUGGUAAGAUUGGUCUCUUCGGUGGUGCUGGUGUCGGCAAGACUGUAUUGAUUCAAGAACUUAUUAACAACAUUGCUAAGGCUCAUGGUGGUUACUCUAUCUUCUGUGGUGUCGGUGAACGUACUCGUGAAGGUAACGAUUUGUACCAUGAAAUGAUGGAAACUGGUGUCAUCAAACUCGAAGGUGAUUCCAAGUGUGCUCUUGUCUUUGGUCAAAUGAACGAACCCCCUGGUGCUCGUGCUCGUGUUGCUUUGACUGGUUUGACCAUUGCUGAAUACUUCCGUGAUGAAGAAGGUCAAGAUGUGUUGCUUUUCAUUGAUAACAUUUUCCGUUUCACUCAAGCUGGUUCCGAAGUGUCUGCUUUGUUGGGUCGUAUUCCUUCCGCUGUAGGUUAUCAACCUACUUUGUCCACUGAUAUGGGUGGUAUGCAAGAACGUAUUACUACUACCAAGAAUGGUUCCAUUACUUCCGUACAAGCUGUCUAUGUUCCUGCUGAUGAUUUGACUGAUCCUGCUCCUGCUACUACUUUUGCUCACUUGGAUGCCACCACUGUGUUGUCUCGUUCUAUUGCUGAAUUGGGUAUUUAUCCUGCUGUCGAUCCUUUGGAUUCCAAGUCUCGUAUUUUGGAUCCUCGUAUUGUCGGUGCUGAACAUUACAAGGUUGCUACUGAUGUCCAACAAAUCCUUCAAAACUACAAGUCUCUUCAAGAUAUUAUUGCCAUUUUGGGUAUGGAUGAAUUGUCUGAAGAAGAUAAGUUGGUUGUCGAACGUGCUCGUAAGAUCCAACGUUUCUUGUCUCAACCUUUCGCUGUUGCUCAAGUUUUCACUGGUUAUGAAGGUCGUCUCGUCAAGCUUCAAGAUACCAUCCGCUCUUUCCAAGAAAUCCUCGGUGGUAAGCAUGAUUCUCUUCCUGAAACUGCUUUCUAUAUGCAAGGUGAUAUCUCUGAUGUGAUCAAGCGUGCUGAAGAACUCGCCAAGGAAAUGGGUGGUCAAUAGGUUAAUUGAUUAGUUUUAUUCUCUCUUUUCCUUUGUGUUUUUAUUUAUUUGGUUUUUUUUUUUUAUUAUUAUUAUUUUAUACAACGCUUACACAUACGUACACACACACACACGCACAUUCGAUCCAUAUU